UCUAAAAUAUUCAGAAAGCUCUCAGCAUCUCUAAUUUUUCAGAAACUUUUCAAUGGAUAGCAGCACCAGUGAAUUCCAGUGAAAGAUUGAAAUUCGGGAGACAAGAAGGUGUUCUGGGACGUGGAGGAUUGGUCAAUCCUUAAGAAACUAAAUCCUGGAUUGGUUAAUAAGAAGAUCAAAUCCGAUCUAUAUGAAAACGGAUAUCUAGGUCCUGAGAUGUCUAUCACAUGCUUCGUUGAUGAUGAUGCCCCGGAUAACUUGAAAUAUGUCUUUGAGCAUGCUGGAAUGGAUUUUGUUCACGUACCCAAAGGAAACAAACAUGCGAGAGUUCACUCUAUUACAGAGGAACUUCUUCUCUGGGCACUGUACGGUACUAGUCGUCCAGCGAGUUUGUUUAUAAUCUCAGAAAGCAUCAAAGAAGAGCAGCAGGUCGUCCCAACUCCUAUGGAUAGGAACCGUUUCAAUCUUGUCUUUUUAGAGCCUGGGAGCGUACUAGUUAAUUGUCAGGGUUCUCCUUUAGAAUGUCUGCAAUGCGGAGUCCCCAUAGAGGGGCUGAAUGAGAAUAAUUUUUUUGAGCGAGGCCGCCGUUUAUAUGGUGAAGCUGUCGUUGGAGUUGAAUCACUACCUAUACCAUACCAAGUGAAACCAGUUGUGUCCGAUGCUUGGGCCGAUAUAAACUCUGAGGGUAACACAGGCGUGUUCUGGGACGUGGUGGAUUUCCCAAUCCACGUUCUACAUUCUCCUGGUAUGACUUCUGACCUGAUCAAAUCAGGUCUUCAUCGACAGAGUUGCUGUAAUGGUUCUGUGUCAAUCCGGUUGUACGACGUCGAAGAUGAGAUGAAACAAGAUCUGAUAGAUGAAUAUGAGGCUACCGGAAUCAGUUAUAAUCUCGUACCCGAAGUUGGUGAGGCGCAUGGAUAUGCUAGAGAUUAUAAGAUGUUAGUGGACAUUCUUCGGUGGGCAGUGGACAAUCCUCCAAAUUCCAAUUUGAUCGUGCUCUCUAAACACUUGGAUGAAAGUUCUUUCUCUUGUAUUCAAGGUUUGCAGGAUACAGGUUACAACAAUGUUGUCUUAGUAGACACACCUGCGAGCUCAGCAUGGCUUUUGUGCGGCUAAUGUAUUGCGCUGAUGUUUUAUGUUAAUAGUGGGUGUACUUUGUUUCUGACCAGAUUUUCUUUCUCACUCUUGCUAGAAUAGUGAAGUUAAGGAAUGGCUUUGAAAGUUUAUUUGUCGAUGUUGUAAUUAUUAUAUCCGUUGAUCUUCUUCGC